AUGGCAACCUCAUCUUAUUUCCCCACACAGAGAAAGGCGAAGAUUUCCUCCUCAGAGAACGAAGCAUUGAAGGUGAAGAGAACAUUAUUUGAGUCAGGAUCAUGGAAGGUUACUAAUCCUGCUUCAUAGUUCACAAGCACAUGGAUCUUCUUUGGCCGAAUCCCUUUUGGGUUGAACGUAAGGGGUUGCGUGCUUGUCAAGGAUGAUGAUCCCAGAGAUAUACCAGGAGGAGUGGAAGCAUAAUAUGAACCAGCAGAAAUCCUCCCAGUAGCCCAGAUCCCAAUUCCAUCAUUCAAACUGACAAUAUGGUACUCCCUUAAAGACUCCUUGACAACCCCCACAGCUGAGAAGUUCUCGUUCCCUAUAUUCACUAUCCAGGAAUGGAUCCCUGAGGUGAUUCUCUCAACUCCCAUAGCAUAGGAACAACAAUUAAUGUUAUUUGAGAAUAUGGCGACAAAGUGUGGUUGGUUCAUAUACGUGGUUGUUGCUUGGCUAUACGUUGCUUGGACUCUGGGGUUGCGGCGCUCAUCUCGCUUUAUUGGCCGAGGGAGCCGGCGUACAGCUUCCGGGUCAUGUGGCCAGCAUGAAUAAGCCGCUUCUGGCGAACCAGAGCAGCGCACGGAAAUGCCGUUUACCUUCCCGCCGGAGUGGUAGCUAUUUAUCUACUUGCACUUUGACGUGCUUUCGAACUGCUAGGUUGGCAGGAGCAGGGACCGAGCAACGGGAGCUCACCCUGUCGUGGGGAUUCGGACCGCCAACCUUCUGAUUGGCAAGUCCUAGGCUCUGUGGUUUAACCCACCCACGUCCAAACAUCCAAAACAAAUCUAUACAGAAUUACCACUUCCCCAGUGGCACAAAACAUUUGCUAGAACAGUGGUUCUCAACCUGUGGGUCCCCAGAUGUUGUUGGACUACAACUCCCAUAAUCCCUGAGCUCUGGCUUUGCUAGCUAGGGGUGAUGGGAGUUGUAGUUCAACAACAUCUGGGGACCCACAGAUUGAGAAAGGCUGUGCUAAAAGAAAGGAGGCAGAGCAGUCUAUCGUCACAUCUCUAGGUUUCCAGGGAGAUCAGAUGUCUGCAGUGUAUUUCAAUGACAAAAAAACAAAUAGAGAUAUUUAGCCACUAAUUGUUGAGCUCCUGAUCAUUUUCCAGUAAUAGAAAAUGUUCAAUGUGUAUAUCCCUCCCACUCCUGCUGUCACAGCCAAGAUAAUAUAAUAAUAAUUUAUUAUUUAUACCCCACCCAUCUGGCUGGGUUUCCCCAGCCACUCUGGGCAGCUUCCAGCAAAACACUAAAAUACAAUAACCUAUUAAACAUUAAAAGCUUCCCUGAACAGGGCUGCCUUCAGAUGUCUCCUAAAAAGUCUGGUAAUUGUUCUUCUCUUUGACAUCUGGUGGGAGGGUGUUCCACAGGGCAGGUGCCACUACCGAGAAGGCCCUCUGCCUGGUUCCCUGUAACUUGGCUUCUCACAGCGAGGGAACCGCCAGAAGGCCCUUGGCGCUGGACCUCAGUGUCCAGGCAGGACGAUGGAACCUACAAUGGGAUCUUAUUACAUAUGUGCUUGAGAAUUUGGACUCCAUCUGCCCUGACUUACCUAUCAACAUGACUGGAGACUUUAAUGCCAAGGGUGGGAAGUGUAUACAAAAGAAUGGGGGGUCCUGGAUCCUUCUGUUCUCCCAGACUUCUGUUUUUGGGACCAUAGAUCACAGGAUCCAGUAAUCGAUUUGGCGGGAAACUCAAUGGCACCCCUCUGGAGGCUUCACCCGGGGCAGAAACCCGGGCUAGACCUGCCCCUCCCCCUGAGCGGGACACAGAAGAAUGCAGCAACCCGUGAGUUCAGCCCACCCACCUGUUGUGUGUUUAUGGUGGAUGGGGGGGGGGGAAAUGGUGCUCUUUUCAGUGCAUUCUGCAUGGAAAGCAAAUGGCCUUUCAGGGGAGAGAGGCCUUCCCCACCAGACUGCUGCAUUUGGGAGGGGGUAGUAUACUGCCUUUUGCUCAUAAGAGGGGCUUCCUUCAUGAUUGAAAAGGGGUGUGUGUGUGUGUGUGUGUGUGUGUGUGUGUGUGUGUGUGUCUGUGUGUGUGUGUGUGUGUGUGUUUGUUUGUUGCAAGCUCAUAACUCACAAAGAAUUAUUAGCUACAUUUCCUUUCAGGAUUCUGCAUAUAACUUAAGUGCAGGUCUGUUGUGUUUUUUAAUAUAGUGGUACCUCGGGUUACAUACGCUUCAGGUUAGAUACGCUUCAAGUUACAGACUUUGCUAACCCAGAAAUAGUGCUUCAGGUUAAGAACUUUGCUUCAGGAUGAGAACAGAAAUCGCAUGGCGGUGGCACAGCAGCAGCGGGAGGCCCCAUUAGCUAAAGUGGUGCUUCAGGUUAAGAACAGCUUCAGGUUAAGAACGGACCUGAGGAACGAAUUAAGUACUUAACCCGAGGUACCACUGUAUAUGGGUAAAAAUUGCCUACACUUGAAAACGUUGGCAGCAUAAAUUCAACAGUGUAACUUAAGUUCUUAACCCGAGGUACUAUUUCUGGGUUAGCGGAGUCUGUAACCUGAAGCGUCUGUAAUCUGAAGUGUAUGUCACCCGAGGUACCACUGUAUUCAAUAAACAUUUGCCAAUCUUCUUUAAACGUAUGUUCCUCUAGUUCUCUUAUUCUAUAUGUUAAGUCUGCAGGCUACGCAUAUUCCAUCAGCUUAAGUUGCCAUUCUUCUUUAGUUGGGACCUCACUCAUUUUCCAUUUUUGGGCUAACAAAACACGGCCUGCAGUAGUGGCAUACAUAAAUAGCCUUUUUUGACACCUGGGAAUUUCCAUCUGAAUUAUCCCCAACAAAAAGGACUCUGGUUUUGUUCUUUGUUUUUUCAGAAAAGUACUUUUAAACAUUUUUUAAAAUUCAUUAUAAACUGUUUCCCAAUACCCUUUUGCCCUUUUACAAGUCCACCACAUAUGAUAGAACGUACUCUUAGCCUCAUUGCCUCUUGUAUAAUUAUUCUAAUGGGACGACCUGUUAAAAUUUUGCAGUUUGCUGCAGAAGCUGGACGUUUGCUUGCUUGUAUCAUUUCUGUUUCGCAGCUUUGCCUUUCUAAUUCUGGACCCGUCUGCUAGCGAUUGGUGCUUCCUUCUUGGGAGCCAGUGUGGUGUAGUGGUUAAGAGCGAUAGACUCGUAAUCUGGGGAACCGGGUCUGCGUCCCCGCUCCUCCACACGCAGCUACUGGGUGACCUUGGGCUAGUCACACUUCUUUGAAGUCUCUCAGCCCCACUCACCCCACAGAGUGUUUGUUGUGGGGGAGGAAGGGAAAGGAGAAUGUGAGCCGCUUUGAGACUCCCUAGGGUAGUGAUAAAGCGGGGUAUCAAAUCCAAACUCUUCUUCUUCUUCUACAGAACACAUGGAUGGAACGGAACUCCGAAGGAUGGGUCUGUGACAUCACAGCUGCAAAGACCAAUGAGAAUCAAGCCACAUUCUCUCCUGUCCUCUUCCCAACUCCCAUGGAUGCUAGUAGGAACCCAGACACAAAAGUAAGUUCAUUUCCACGAGUUACUGACUGCGGCGUUCUCCCCACAAUCUCACCUUCAGCCCUGAGCUACCCUCAGCUGUGCCCGUGACUUCAGUUCUGGGCCAAGACCCCCUUGUUGUCCUCCUUUCCCUUUCAGUCCUUGUUCCUAAGGGUUCACAACUGAUAUAAUUUGACAGAAACAAUUAACCCUCAAGCAUCCUUUCAUUAGCAUCUUUUCAUACGCACAUUUGGCUUGAUAAAGUCCAGCUGCGUGCUCAUCCAUUGCAUACUUGCGUGGGCUACACCGAGGUUCUAAGCCACUUCAUGGACAGGUCAGAGGACUUCUAGGUUGAGAUAUGGAGGAGAGAGGGUGCAGCCUUGCACCUGAGAGUUGUUAUUGAAGUAAGUCCUGUUCAGAGUAGAUGCCAAUAAAUUAAUGGACUUGAGUCAUGUCCAUUAACUCCAUUAGAACUACUCUGAAUAAGACAAUGGAGACAACCCACUGUUGUUCAUUUUUACAAGCCCAUGUACUGAAUAGAGGGAUGCAGGUGGCGCUGUGGUCUAAACCACUGAGCCUCUUGGGCUUGCCAAUCGGAAGGUCAGCGGUUCGAAUCCCCGCGACGUGGUGAGCUCCCGUUGCUCUCUCCCAGCUCCUGCCAACCUAGCAGUUUGAAAGCACACCAGUGCAAGUAGAUAAAUAGGUACUGCUCCGGUGAGAAGGUAAACGGCAUUUCCAUGCGCUCUGGUUUCUGUCACGGUGUUCCAUUGUGCCAGAAGUGGUUUAGUCAUGCUGGCCACAUGACCCAGAAAGUUUUUUGUCGGCUCCCUUGGCCUGAAAGCAGAGAUAAGCGCUACACCCCAUAGUCGCCUUUGACUGGACUUAACCGUCCGGGGUCCUUUACGACUGCAUAGAGGUAAAUGUUACAUUCAUUCGCAGGUUCUAAGAGUCAGCACUAUGCAAGGGCGAGCUUCACCUGCUACGUUCUGAAUAUCAAACCACUCUUUAGCACUUGGUUGGCGCAGACGGAAGUUCACCUUUUCUCCGGAUUUGCAUUUGCUCUGAACAGCACCAGAUUUAGGGCAGUGUGAGCUGAAGGGGUGCGAAACUGAGAAGAUCGAUAACUGAGAAGGUGCAUUUGGAAUUUUGGCACCAUAUUAUGAAAGAUUACCAAAGCCCACACCUGCUCUGAUUUAGCACUAAAUAGCAGAUUUCCUCUGGGGAAGAAGGAAACCACUCAGACCCGUGCUUAGAAAGUGUGGGUUAAGUGGAGAACUGCUCAGACACAUGGGAGAAGCCUGCACCUCCAUCACUAGUUGUGUACGAAAACAUCCUGGAAUGCAUCCCUUUGCAGAUUGGCUUUAUUUCUCUUGCGUUUCUGUGUCUUUGGCAAAAAUAAUAAUACUGGUAGUGCUUUUCAUUCAGCAGCCGGUCUGACCAUCUUCUUUGUCUGACCUCACCCUCAUGCAAUCACUGAUCAAGCCUUAAAGGGGUGGGGAGAAAGGAGGCCACAUUCUCUUGUCCAUGGUGGGUGGGGGACAGAGGCAAAAAUGGGCAGGGCCAGAGAUGCACCUCAUAAACACUCCUCUCUCCAUCUGGACUCGCAAGAGGCAGGAUCACAGUUCAAGGGACUCAAGGAGGCAGCCAAGCAGGGGUGGUAAGGGCUGGGGCCUGGGGAGAGGAGGUCUGCCCUGGGGAGAUGUAAAGGGAUUGUCCAGACAGUUACACAACACUGACCUUUGCACUCUCUUAGGAAACUUCUCGGUUUUCCUAAGUGUUUACCCAUGCAAGGCCUCUUCCCCAGCCUUGCCAUAAAGGUAAAGGUAAAGGGAACCCGGACCAUUAGGUCCAGUUGUGGACGACUCUGGGGUUGCGGCGCUCAUCUCACUUUAUGGGCCGAGGGAGCUGGCGUACAGCUUCCGGGUCAUGUGGCCAGCAGGACUAAGCCGCUUCUGGCGAAACCAGAGCAGCACAUGGAAACGCCGUUUACCUUCCCGCCGGAGCGGUACCUAUUUAUCUACUUGCACUUUGACGUGCUUUCGAACUGCUAGGUUGGCAGGAGCAGGGAUCGAGCAACGGGAGCUCACCCCGUUGCGGGGAUUCAAACCGCUGACCUUCUGAUCAGCAAGUCCUAAGCUCUGUGGUUUAACCCACAGCGCCACCAUAAUUCCUGGCGGCUGGCCAUGUUGGCUGGGGCUGAUGCGAAUUGUGGUCCUCAACAACAUCUGGAGGGCAACACAUUGGCUGUCCCUGUCCUGGAGGAACCAGGCACAUGAUCACCAUUAUCAAACGGGCACCGGUUGCCACUUCUGUACAGUGACGGAUUCCAUUCUGAGAUGCCUGCUUUCUUCUCCAGGUCUUGGAGGACCAUUGAUGCCACUGCAUGA